GGACAAUGGAAAUAGUCCCAAAGCAGCUUGUUGUAUAUAUAGAGAGACAUUUAUGGAGAUUCUUGUUUUGUUUUGUCAAAUAUAUGCAGUUAAAAUAACUUUUCUGACAGCAGAAGAAAGCCCCACCCCAGGAAAUUGCAGCUCAGACUAAUAUCGGUGCUUCCACCAAAUGCUUUCAAAAGUCAGUCUGGGACUGAAGAGACAUGGCCACGACAGACAACGUCACAACUGGGGACUACACUUAUUACGACAGUGCAAAAGAAAGUGGCAGCUUCCAGGUCUGCAGCAACACCAAUGUAAGUUCCUUCAGCCAAGUCUUCCUCCCUACGCUCUACAGCAUCGUCUUUGUCACAGGAUUCAUUGGUAACGGCCUGGUGUUGUGUGUCCUGGUCAAAUACCACCAACGCUCAAAUGUGACAGAUGUGUGCCUCUUCAACCUGGCCCUUUCAGACCUCCUCUUCCUUAUCUCAUUGCCUUUCUGGGCUCACUAUGCUGCCAUCAAUCAGUGGAUCUUUGGGAACUUUAUGUGCCAUGCAGUGACGGCGCUUUACAUGUUGGGAUUCUAUGGAAGUAUCUUCUUUAUGAUCCUCAUGACCUUGGAUCGCUACGCUGUCAUUGUCCAUGCCCAUACUACCCUUGUCUCCAAGCACCGGUCUGUCAAAGCUAGCUUAGCGCUGGCUUUCUUUAUGUGGGCACUUAGCUUUGCAGCCUCACUGCCCAACAUCAUUUUCUCCCAAGCGAAGAAUGCAUCAGAGGGAUGGACAUGCAAAGAGGAAUAUCCAGAAGGGACAUCAUGGAAGCCAUUCUCUUACAUUGAGCUCAACAUCCUCGGCUUAAUUAUUCCUCUCUCAGUGAUGGUGUUCUGCUACUCACGCAUCAUACCCGUAUUAAUGACUAUAAAGUCUCAGAAGAAGCACAAAGCUGUGAAACUCAUCCUGGUUUUGGUCAGUGUUUUCUUCCUCUUCUGGAUGCCCUACAACAUCGUCACCUUCCUGAAGUUCCUGCGUCAAUUAGGCUACAUGACAAGUUGUGAGUGGGAACAGGACCUGAACAUGGCUGCACAGUGGGUGGAAACCAUAGCGUUCAGUCACUGCUGCCUCAACCCCAUCAUUUACGCCUUUGUGGGAGAGAAAUUCAGGACUUUGGUUAUCAGAAUACUAAAGCAAUGGUUUCCUGUUUGCUUUGGUCGCUGCACAACAAUCAUCAGCGACUUCUCGGAGAGGAGGAGCUCUAUGUCCUCACGCUCCUCAGUAGUUUCCACCACAAAGAUUGUGUAGCCAAAAGUUCGGACAGCAACAUUGUAAAAUUCACAGUUUCCCACAAUUAUACUUUACUUUUACAUUGAUUUCAAAAGAAUGUUUUUGGUUACACAUGAAAAUUAACAUUAUUAUUAUUACUGCACAUUCUUAUUCACAUGUAACCACAUUAUAUUCUCUAAUUUUGUUAUUAAGGCUUUAAUUGUUUUCAUUUUGCAUAUUUGUCAUACCAUUUGUCACUAUGUAUAGAGCCCACCUAUUUCAAAUCAUUUUUGAAUUAUGUUCCUAUAAGUUUGAUAUUUGAGCACAUGUACAUGAGCAAUGAAAAAAAUAGGUUUUCUUUGGUAUUCUAAUGAAUCAUUUCAAAAGCUGUGAAAACUCUCAAUUCUAGAAAUAAAUGUGUGAUGUCAUACUGUGACAAAAAAAAAAUUCCCCAACUCAUCUCAUAUAACAAAAUGAAGUAAGGUGUAGGCAAGAAAUUUAAAGAAAGCAACAUUUAUUUUGUUAUAAAUUUAGUUAUUUAAGUUAUAAAGUUUUGACUGUUAUUUUGAAAUAUCAUCAGUGAUUAAGUUAUUUUUACAAUAAUGGAGAAUAUUUCCUAAAAACUGAUGUUUGCUUCCUUGUGUGCCACAGUGGCCACUUGUCAUAUUUUUUUUAUUUUUUAUUUAUAGUUAUAUUAAAAUGUAAAUCAAAAGGAAUCUAAUGUAAUCUGUAUUAGUUGUCCAUUACAAAGACAUGAAGAUAUUCAUGUGAAUGAUUUUCACCUUUGUACAUUUUCAUUGAAUACAAAUUCUCAAUGAAUCAAAUACCAGGAAGUCACAGUCCUGCAGAGUCUCAUUGUCAUUCAAAUUUGGUUUGCAGUAGGGUGUGUCAGCUCAUCAAACUCUGCAGGUCAGUGAUCUCUAGAAAAUCCUCGCCUAGAUUAGCUUACUGACGAGUUAUUAUUUAUAGCCAUCAGUAGAGGGCGAUGCAGCAUGUUGCUGAAUUCUGUCAAUGAAAAAAAAAAGAGGAGGACGUUACACUUGCACAUAGUUGAGCAGCAGUUAACCUGACUGGACUCAGGAAGGCUACAAUAGCUCAAACCACCACUCAUUCCAAGUUGUGAGAGCACCUCAGGAUGCUGUUUUCAGCCAUCUCAAAAGAAAAAUAGGAGUUGCGUAGGUUUUGACAGUAGUAAACUAAGUCCUAAUUUUGUGUGCAUUUCUAAUAGGAACUACGAAUUAAUCUUAGUAGCCCUGUUCUAUUUAUACUAUGUUUUCAUGUUCUUAAUGACCAUAUUGGGCAAAAGUGACCCACAUGCAUGUAAACUAUAUGACUGUUUGUGGACACCUGACCAUCACAACCACGUGUGUUUGUUGAACAUCCCCCUUUGUAAUUAUAAAAGCCUCCACUCUUCUGGGAAGCCUUUCCACUAGAUUGUAGAGCUCAGCUGUGAGGAUUUCUGAUCAUUCAGCCACAAGAGCAUGUUGGGAUAUUGAGGAGGUCUGGACACUAAACAAUCAUGGAGCCUGAUUUAUGCACAGGGACACUGUGUUGUUGUUGUUGUUACACUUUCCCAUACCUGGAACCUGUUCCAGCAUGACAAAGACUUUCUAUGCAAUCUUGCGUCCAACUUUGUGGCAACAGUUUGAAUGCAUGUGGAAACUGACCAUAAAGUUUGGCUACUAUAUGAAAUAAAAUUAAACUAUU